CGAGUCCCCAUAGGCCCCUGCGCGACUCCGGCUGGGCAGGAUUCCGGACAACGCCUGGUUCCUCUCGGGUCCUUCCGGCGUCGCCGGAGUGAAUUGAUCCGGGAGUUGAAGAGGGCUCCAAAGGUGGGAAGUGAAGUCAGUGCCUCAGUUGCCGGUCAGUAUAUGUUUUGUGCCCUAUUUUAUCACAAAAAAGAGAAGAAAUACUGCAGUGAAUGAAGAUUCCUCUGCAUUUUAGCACUGCCUUUUCUACUGUAGUUGGCUUUUGAAUGAGGAUGACAAUGGAAGAGAUGAAGAAUGAAGCUGAGACCACUUCCAUGGUUUCUAUGCCCCUCUAUGCAGUCAUGUAUCCUGUGUUUAAUGAGCUAGAACGAGUAAACCUGUCUGCAGCUCAGACACUGAGAGCAGCUUUCAUUAAGGCUGAAAAAGAAAAUCCAGGACUCACGCAAGACAUCAUUAUGAAAAUUUUAGAGAAAAAAAGUGUAGAAGUUAACUUCACAGAGUCCCUUCUUCGAAUGGCAGCUGAUGAUGUAGAAGAGUAUAUGAUUGAACGACCAGAGCCAGAAUUCCAGGACCUAAACGAAAAGGCACGAGCACUUAAACAAAUUCUCAGUAAGAUCCCAGAUGAGAUCAAUGACCGAGUGAGGUUUCUGCAGACAAUCAAGGAUAUAGCUAGUGCAAUAAAAGAACUUCUUGAUACAGUGAAUAAUGUCUUCAAGAAGUACCAAUACCAGAACCGCAGGGCACUUGAACACCAAAAGAAAGAAUUUGUAAAAUACUCCAAAAGUUUCAGUGAUACUUUGAAAACCUAUUUUAAAGAUGGCAAGGCAAUAAAUGUGUUCAUAAGUGCCAACCGACUAAUUCAUCAAACCAACUUGAUACUUCAGACCUUCAAAACUGUGGCCUGAAAGUUGUAUAUGUUAAGAGAUGUACUUCUCAGUGGCAGUAUUGAACUGCCUUUAUCUGUAAAUUUUAAAGUUUGACUGUAUAAAUUAUCAGUCCCUCCUGAAGGGAUUUAAUGCAGGAUGUUGAAUGGGAUUAUUGCCAUCUUACACCAUAUUUUUGUAAAAUGUAGCUUAAUCAUAAUCUCACACUGAAGAUUUUGCAUCACUUUUGCUAUUAUCAUUCUUUUAAGAAUUAUAAGCCAAAAGAAUUUACGCCUUAAUGUGUCAUUAUAUAACAUUCCUUAAAAGAAUUGUAAAUAUUGGUGUUUGUUUGACAUUUUAACUUGAAAGCGAUAUGCUGCAAGAUAAUGUAUUUAACAAUAUUUGGUGGCAAAUAUUCAAUAAAUAGUUUACAUCUGUUAAA